AGAGAACGCGCAUUCAGGUAGGCCAGCAGAGAGAGAACCCGCAGUCGCUUUUCGAGUACCCGCCGUACCGUACGAGAGAAAAACUUCGGGUACCUAUACCAAAAAAUAAUCGCGCGAGAAUUUUUGAAGUUUGUAUAAUUAAUUUGUGUGUUCUCACGUGCUUGAUUAGUGUUUGUUUGUGAUAGAGAUGAUGGGAUUUUUAUCCGACGAGAUUUUUGGAUAAUAAUUCUGGAUUUAGUUGAUUGGAAAAGACCCACUCAAUCAUGCAUGGACCACAAAAAUUUUCUCUUCAAACAAACCUGUAACAAAAAAAGGACUCAAUAAUGGCAGCUACUGUCAAAUUUCACUUGUUCCUUGUCACGGUGAUUCUACUGAUAGCAGUAGGCCAUGGACAAGAAACGGUUGACAGCGCGGGAACGUGUUACGGCGCCGGCUCGAUAGUUGGAGCGGUACUAGGCACUUUUUUGGGUACCUUACUUUUGUUGGGUGCCUUAUUGUUCUUGUACAAGAAACGAAUGAACGCUAAGAAAGAUAAUCAUUUGAUAUUGGAAACAGAUCCAGAACGAGGACCAAAAGCCGAAUACGCCUUCGACAAUCCAGGUUUCAAAGACACCUCGAUCAUCGUAGCGACAUCCGAAAAAAAACCCGACAACAAAACGAACAAGUGGACUCACUGGUCGCCUUUAACAGCCCUCAAUCUGAAACCCGAAAAGAAACGAGCUUUAGACGAUAGCGCUUUGCAAAACCACGAAGUCAAAGUGGUAGCGCUGAAAAGUCAAGAUUUUACCGGGUUGGGUUUCAACAUAUGCGGUAACAUGAAAGAGGGGAUUUUUAUUAAGGAUAUUUUACAUCGGGGACCUGCCUUUGAAUCUGGCAAACUUAAUCCAGGUGAUCGUAUCAACAGCUUAACAAUAAGCUUUGAGCACAUGGUGUACGAAGAUGCCAUGAAUAUUCUGAGCUACGCCAGUCCUUACGAGGUGAUUCUAGAAGCCAAAAGUGGCAGAACUAUAUCAUUUCAACAAGGCCAAGGACAAACACCUAUACAUCCUAUUUACAGAACGUGCAGUGCAAUAGAUUUGAGCCUUAUUCCUGAGAAAUCUUCGAAAAAGAAACUAUUCGGCGACGACUAUUCGUCCAGCUCCAACUAUUCCAGCUUACAAAAAUCGCGCAGUAACGUUACAACACUGGAACGCAAAGAAUCCAAAUCUCCCAGGCCACCGAUGAAACCCAAAAGCAAAUCCCCACAAAAACUGACCCCCGAAGAAACCCAAAACUACCAAAAAUUCGGGGUAAGAGUGCUUCCCUUGGAACACCAUCAAAAAAGCCCCAAAAUCGUCGAACAAAACCAAAACAACUCGAACAUAGAAAGGCAUUACAACAUGGAAGAAGUCCCCAUUAGAGGCAUCGAUGAAGUUGACUUAAAACCACCACAAGCCAGGAAAAGAGAAAAAAAGAGUCCAGAACCAGCAUUUGAACGCAAUAAUUCUGGCAUAAAACGCGAUUCCAACGGAAUACCAUUAGAAAUUCCAAAUCACAUGCAAGAUGCUGCUUUGGCAGCGAGAAGAAACCGAAAAAGUUCCAUUGAAAAUGGCCUCGGUGAAGAUUCUAAUAAAAAACACAAACCAAAAGCCCCUUCACCUCCACCGAUUAAUUUUUCACUGGGAGGCAGCAAAAUUAGAGCAUUUGAAGAUCUGAGUGCUUUGGGUACAGAUUCUGAAGACGACACCAACAACAUGUCAUCGGUGAAUACCAUCGAACUAAAUUCCAGCGAUAUUACUAUACACCAAAUCCAGGAAGAAGAACGUAAAUCCAGAAAAACUGCAAGCACUGGCGAUUUAACCAAAAUGAAAAAACAACCAAGAUCUAAUAAUGGCACCUUAGAAAGAGCUCAAAGCUUAGACAUAACCGACACUACUGGACACGGUUUAACUAAAAAAUCAACUUACGACGCCACUGAGAAUUUACUCAUAGACAAAGAACCAAGACUAUCAUUAAUUUUAGAUGGCUUAACAACCUUUCAAAGAACCAGGCUAAAAACUUCAACUGAAUGGGGCAACUUGGAAGAUGCCAUCUUAAACUUAAACGACGAACGCAAAAGUGAUCCACAAUUAACCGCCGUCAUGGAUCGAGCAUUGAAAAUUAAACGCGAAGAAAUUAUACCUGAUGAAAUUGUGAAAAGUUAUCAAGCAACAAAUGGGCCUAAAGUUUACAACAAACUCUGGCCUGAUGAAAGUGAACUUAAUUCUGCCAAUAAGACAAGUUUGGAAAUCGAUACUGAACCUAUCAGAAGGCAACCAGUUGUACCAGAAAGGCUCAAACCUCAACCAACAGAAAGAGUUUCGAAAAACAAUAACGAAGUUGCUAAACCAGUACCACCAAAACGUGAAUUGCCUGCUGACAGAUGUUCAACUGAAAUCAAUUUGAAUCACACUUUGUGCAAAGUAUCAUUGGUGACUGCGUUCGAGAAAAACAACAUUACGGAAUUGUGUUCUCAAUUAGCCAAAGGGAAAAAUUCUGAAAUGAUCAAAGACGAAUGGGAAGUGGAUACUUUAACUAACACUUCACCCCCGCAAUCAAUGACUUUAGUCGAUGAAGUAAUGGACAGUUAUAAUAGAAAUUUUGGCGCAGAUGACGAAAGCAAAAACAUGAAAAAUGUUAUUGAUGAUUUUAUUUUUAACGAAAGGAGUGCGCAUCAAAGUGAAACGAAUAUACCUGAUGAUGUUAAGGUUUCAAGGAACUCAUCUGAGAGCUUUGAAGCGAAAAAAUUUGACGAUGAUGUAAAGGUUGCUAAAAGCUCAUUUGGAGCUGUUGAUCCUAAAAAAGUUGAUUCUGUUGAUGAUGUAAAGGUUACUUCACAAUCUAACGACAAGAAUAUGUUUGAGAAAGUAGAGGUUGCUUCAAAACCUAAUGAUGAUGUACAGGCUUAUUCCUUAAGUAAAUUUGAACUCGCUUCAACAUCUGAGGAUGAUGUUAAAGUUUCUACAAGCUCAAUAAUUGAGAAAGUAAAUUUACAUCAAAUUCCAAAAUCUGAAGAUGUUAUUGAAGUAAAGCACACUUCAAAAAAUGAUCUAUUUGACGAAACUAAUCCCAGUCAGAAAUCUGAUAUUCAAAUUUCUACAUUAAAUUCAAUUAUUGCUCUUGAAUCUGAUAAUCAAUUGAAAUUUGAAAAAGUUAAACUCAAACCAAAAUCCCAAGAACUUGAAAUUGUUGAACCCAAAAGACACAUUCCUAAUUUUAACCAAGAAGUGACUGUAUCGACAAGUGAUGAUUCAAAAAGCGAUGAUUCAUUAAUAAGUCACGUCACGGUUACUGAAAAUGGAGCCUCAAACUUGCAUAGUUUAGAAUUGAGCAUUAACAGUGAACCAAAUGAAUUGUAUAAAACAGUUGUUGACAAUGAAGUCACAUUGAUCAUGUCACAACCAAAUAUAAUCACUGCAAAAGAGCCUUUAGUUGAAAUUACAGAAAGUUGUUUUUCUAAAGUCACUAAAACACCUGAGGCAAAUGAAGUAGAGAUUACAACUGUUGAAGUUGACGAUGAGAUAUUUAAGAGUAUUGACGAUGAAAGUCCAGCAAUAUCAUUGAUAACUGCUGAAGAAAUUUCAGAUGAUAAAAAAACUUAUGUUACUGAAAUUCAGGUGCUACCUAGCCCCACUACAACGACAAAUGUAUCUGAAAUCGAAAUCAAAAGUGAAGAUCAUUUGGAAGAUGCUUUUGAAAACUAUGUAAAAAAUUUUGAAAAAAAACUAGAAACUUUUGAAAGUAAUAUGCAAAACUUUGAAAAUAACUUGGAAGAAUUUAUAGUUAUAAGAGAAGAGCCUCAAGCAGGUGCCGUUUCAAAUGAAAAAAUCGACAUUGAAAAACAAGUAAGCAAAAUACAAGAAAUCGCCGAAGAACAAUUGAAAACCUUACCCGAAAUGAAGUUUUCCACUUCAAGUUACGAAAGCUCUAAUGCCGGCAGAAAAACUCCUGAAAAAAGACACUCCUUUGAACUACUAAGAUCAAACUUCGAAAAAUCCGACAAAAGCCCUCCGAGAAGAGAAAGCACCGGUUCUACACCACCAAAAUCACGCAUCCCCAUUUCCACCACAAUGAAAACGCCUCCGAUGAGCCCAGAACGACGCGAUUCCAGAAAUCUGGACAACGAAAACGACAAAGCCAUUUUGGAACUGAUGUCCUCGCCACCGUCCAAAAUUAAACCACCAAGCACAAUAACUAGUACGAAAAAUGUAUCGGUUACGUCUAUAAGGCAAAACUCAAAAAUCCCUUCGGGUCUACCAACUUUGAGUAGCCGACCUCCGAUACCACCAAGAAAAACAGAUGAAACUUCUAAUGGAGGUGUGGAAAGCAGUUUCAAGCAAUGGGUAUUCAAUCCUAAUAGUAACGUGACCAAUGUUGCAGUUGGCAAGGAAAAAUGAUUCGAAUUAAUUGAAUUAGUUAAAAAUACAAAUAGAUUCUAAUGUAAAAAAAAUGCUCAAAGUAGUACCUAAAAGAAAGAGGUGCUUCAUAAAAUGCAUUUUGGGAAUGACAAUUAUUUAUAUCUAUGAUUUGGAUCUUUAACUCUUUGGUAUUUUUGUUUAAUGUGUUUUAUCCGUCCUAUUCAAGUUUUGUCUUCUAGUUCUUGAGUAUGCAUCAUUUUUCAACAUUAUUUGAUUCAAAUCAGCUCAAAAUUGCAAUGUUGUCAUUUCUAAAUUGUAAAUACUGAAUAGAUUAAACUCAAACUUUUUAAGAAAAGCAGUAGGUACUUAACUGAUAUUUGUUAUCAUAAAUUUUUAAGAUAUUAUGUCCAUUGCUUGGGCAAUAACAGGUCAAAGAGGUACAAAACCAGCUUAUUUUUUUAAGAUGAAUGAUAUAUAUGAUCCAAGUAUUUUUAGAUCUAACAUAUUUGUGCUUAAUUUGUAUUUAUAUUUUUUCUUUUUCUCUUCUGGUUAUGUAUCUCGCCCUUUAUAGGUAUUUUUUUUUUAAAUAUUAAAAAUCUUUUUACGUGUGCCUUACUAGAUUUAAGUUGGUACUGGUCAAAAAUAAAAAAUUAUUAUAUAAAACAAAAAAUUAUUGUGCUAUUUUUCUUUUAGUCCCUAGGAGAUAUAAUUUGUUUUAUAAAUAAUAAUUAAUAAUAAAAAUUAGUAUUAUUUUGUUUAAAUUUUCAUUGUUUUUGUUUUAAUAUUGAAAAUUAGUUUAGUCUAUUAAUUUAAGAAUAAUUAUUACCAACUAAAAACUGUGACGUAUUAUACUUUUAUUUUAUUUGUUGAA